CUGACUGAAAGUCUCCUACAGAAAAAUAAGAUCAUGUAAUUAAGCUGCCAAUUAGGCAAGACCAUGCAGGAGAGAUGAAAUCAGACUGUUUUGUGUCACGAAAUUGACGGGAAAAAUACAGUUUAUCCCUCUGAAGGAUUAAUGCACAUAUCUGCUGUCCUGCUGUGACCCAGGGUCACAUCUUUAAUAGAUAAAAAACCUUAAUUAGAUACUGCAACCCAUGAUCCAGGAAUCUAGCUCUGACGCAUGACAAGGAUCAUUCUAAACACACGGUUGCCCCUGCUGACCUCCGGUAAAUAUGUUUAUUGUUCAACCUGCUCGCCAGGAAAGGAGGCUUUGGGCUUCCAGCUCACCCCAGGAUUAGAAACAGCCGCCCCUGCGCACGGAUAUAAAUACUCCCGGCGCGCCGCGUCCAGCUCAGUCUUUACGCACAAGUCCGGCAACGCGUGGAGGAAACUAUCUGCGAAGCUGCUGCUCAGGAGUAGAUAAUAAAACAGUUAUAAGUGGUAUUAUCAGUGUCUUUAACCCGACUGCUUCUGAAGACAAACGGGACCGGAGAGAUGUCUGUGCUGGGCGCACUGCCGUUCAUGAAGCCGCUGCACCAUGUGCGCUCCCCGGUGCCGCAGGGCCGCCGCCACACGCUGCCGGCCAGCGAGUUCCGCUCCCUGAGUCCGGAGGACGCAAUCAGCGUGUUCGAGAUAGAGAGAGAAGCCUUCAUAUCAGUGUCCGGAGAAUGCCCGCUCCACCUGGACGAGGUGCGUCACUUCCUCACGCUGUGUCCCGAGCUUUCUCUCGGCUGGUUUGAGGGGGGACGGCUGGUGGCGUUCAUCAUCGGCUCUCUGUGGGACCAGGAGAGGCUAACCAUGGAUGCUUUGACUCUUCAUAAGCCUCAUGGAGCCACGGUCCAUAUCCACGUCCUCGCCGUCCACCGGACCUUCAGGCAGCAGGGGAAGGGCUCUAUUCUGAUGUGGCGCUACCUGCAGUACCUGCGGUGUCUGCCCUACGUGCGACGCGCUGUCCUGAUGUGCGAGGACUUUCUGGUUCCCUUCUACCAGAAGUCAGGGUUCAAGGCUUUGGGCCCCGCUGAGAUCACGGUGGGACCCCUCAACUUCAUCGAGAUGUUCUACCCAGUCAGGGGCCACGCCUUUAUGCGGCGCAACAGUGGAUGCUGAAGGACGGGACUUCGGUUUAAUGUUUCCAAAAACAGGAUGCACUGACACUCCUUAAGCCUCGCGGAGUGGAGGCCUGUGAGUGGAGCAGGGAUUUGUCUAAUCUCUGAGUGAAAAAUGUUCAGCAGCCGGUUGAGAAGAGAGCCUUCGUGAAGCUGAAAACAAAGAGCUGCCCACCAGCUUUCAGCAACUGUUGGACACGUCGUUUAUGCCUGGAAACCGUCAAGAUUUGUGCUGAAGGGAGAGAAGUUGCCAUUGGAGCAAAGAGUGCGAGUGGCAACUUCAUGAAACUUUGAAAAACUAAACAUUUGUUCCGAAAGAAAAUGUCGGACAUUUAACGAACUGCAAGCUGCCUUUUCUUUCAUCCACUCCUUGUUCUAAAUGGUUUGUUAUGGUUUGAACUACAACUGGGUAAAAAAUAAACAAUAAAAACUUGUCUAUCAUAUCAUUAUAGACCAGUGAUCAAUAUCAAUAGAUAAUACAUCCAACUAAGUUUUUGGACAGCAUUCUGGGGGAUGUAGACAGAGGAAAGGUUUUAGCUGCUCAACCUCUAACGGCUAGCUAAGCAAAGUUGGUAGAAUCAACUCACUCGCUCGCUCUUUGGUUGCUUAGCAACUCACUCACUCUGGUUACCUGGCAACAACUUGUGGAGUAAGCAGUCCCAGUUUAAGGUUUCUCCACUUGUGCCUCACAACUACUUAAAAAAACGGAAUGGAGUGAAAACUGGAUAAAACAGGAAAGGUCGCGUCAUCAGUUUGGCAGUAUUUCAGAUAUUUAAAACAAAAACUAAUCAAUUAUUGAUAGGAAGGUAUGAAACCGUUAAAUCGUGACAUGUUUUUCAGUUAUAUCGCCCAUCUGUAGUUCAAACCCUGGAAACUAAAACAUAAAUGCUGAAUGUUGGGUUUUUGAAGCCACAUUAAGAGGUUUAUACUUUUAUAGAUGAGAACAAAUUUACUGGCACUUGUGGGGGAAAAAAAGCCUUACAGUGAACGGCUCGUUCAUUGUAACCAACCGCCCAUAAUGGAGUUGGUUAAAAACUAUUUUACUCUUACUUUUCCCCACAGAUUAAACUCAAAGGUUAUUAUUUUAAACUUUUAUCUGAAAUAUUACAACUGAUAUAAAAGAUCAUGUAAUUUAUAACACUUUACAAACCUGUAACAGAUGAGCUGUAAAAUGUAACAUCGGUAUUGAAACAGCAUAAAUACCUUGCCAAAGUAAUGAAGUUAAAUUGUAUGAUGAAUGUAAUUAUGGAUGAGUGAUAUCAGCCAUCAAUGUGUUGUUAUGGAUUUGAUUGUAUUUUGCUUUUCUUUAACACAUCUGUGUUCCUGUUGGCAAACAUCCUGUCAAUCUGUUUACCCAUCAGCUGUGAACACUGUGUAUAAAAACAGAUCUCAACUCUCGUAAACGAGAAUUAUAUAAUCACAGAACCGUAAAAUGGAGGAAAAUUUUAUUUUUUCUUGUAGGAUGUCACCCAAUUUGCCUCCUAAAGCCUCAGGGGUUGAAUGUUU